GCAACAGCGGAGUGGCUCGUGUCGCAUGGUGUUUUUUUGUCCUUGUCGCUGAGGGAGGGAUGCAUUACUCUUCAAUCUUGAAUUGUGUUAUGGAGCCCGAAAGAAAAAUCGGCGAAUAAGGCGGCUGCUGGCUGCGCCCUGAUUGGCUGACACGCCUGUCAAUCACAGUGUCCUUCCCGCCCACUUCCGCCCAGCUCCAGAGGCUCAACACUCUUCGAUUGUUUAUGUUUGCAUUCAUCUGACCUUAAUCCCCAGGUGGUGUGUUUGGAGAGCGGCUGGGCUACAGGGACAGGCCGAUGAUGGAAACAUGACUUCUGAGUAACAUUUAGUUACUUUUUGUGCUCAGUAUGAACAGCGAGGAGGAGUUUUACGACGCUGAAACAGGGCUGGAGUCAGAUGAUUCCUGUGAGGUCAGUUUUAAAGAUGCCCUGGUGUUUGAGAGCAAAGGACCUGAGGGCAGCGCCUCAGAGGAGAAUGGAGUACUGGAGCGCAGGAAAACACUGCCAGCUGAGAUGAUCUCCAGAAACAACUUCAGUGUGUGGAAUAUACUCAAGAAAUGCAUCGGCAUGGAGCUGUCCAAAAUAGCGAUGCCUGUUGUGUUUAAUGAGCCGCUGAGCUUUCUCCAGAGAAUCUCGGAGUACAUGGAGCACACUCACCUCAUCCACAGAGCCUGCAGUUUGUCUGACUCUAUAGACCGCAUGCAGGUUGUUGCUGCGUUUGCAGUAUCGGCUGUAGCAUCUCAAUGGGAAAGGACUGGAAAGCCAUUUAAUCCUUUACUGGGGGAGACAUACGAACUCACAAGAGAGGAUGAUGGAUACAGAUUGAUCUCAGAGCAGGUGAGCCACCACCCUCCCAUCAGUGCCUUCCACGCUGAGUCUCUGAAGCAGGACUUUGAGUUUCAUGGCUCCAUUUACCCAAAACUUAAGUUCUGGGGCAAAAGUGUGGAGGCGGAGCCCAAAGGCACCAUGACGCUGGAAUUACUGAAGCAUAAAGAGGUUUACACUUGGACAAAUCCAAUGUGCUGUGUGCAUAACAUCAUCUUGGGAAAACUCUGGAUUGAACAAUAUGGAACCGUGGAGAUAGUCAACCACAGCACUGGAGAGAAAUGUGUGUUGAACUUCAGACCAUGUGGAAUGUUUGGAAAAGAGCUGCACAAAGUAGAAGGUCACAUCCAGGACAAAAGUAAGAAGAAGCGGCGAGUGAUUUAUGGGAAGUGGACGGAGUGCAUGUACAGCGUGGACCCCAAGGUCUACGACUCGCACAAGAAGUCAGAGAAGAAGAGCGGCGCCGACACAAAAAAGCUGAAACCGGAUCAUAGCUGUGAAGCUGAGGAGGCGGACGAGGUGCCGGAAGUUCAAGAGACUGUGACUGUGAUACCAGGAAGUGCCUUACUGUGGAGGAUAACACCUCGGCCCGCUCACUCAGCACAGAUGUAUAACUUCACCAGCUUUGCCGUGACACUAAACGAGCUGGAGCCCGGCAUGGAGAGAGCGCUGCCACCAACAGACUGCCGGCUGAGGCCCGACAUCAGAGCCAUGGAAAACGGAGACAUAGAGGCAGCAAGUACAGAGAAAGAGCGUCUAGAGGAGAAGCAGAGGGCUGCACGCAGGGAGCGCUCCAAGGACGAGGAGGAGUGGUCGACCAGGUGGUUCAAGCUGGGGACGAACCCUCAUACGGGAGCCGAGGACUGGCUGUACACAGGUGGAUACUUUGACAGGAACUACACCGACUGUCCCAACAUUUAUUGACACAGGAGGUGCUCAGUGUAAACAUCCUCUGCUUUGUGACUUUGUGUGGGCCAGACGCUCACUGGUACUGUGUCUUUGUUAGAUUCAUGGAAAACUGAUAUUUAUCAGACUAUCUGCAACUGACUGUGAAUGCAGGAGAAGUGUAGUGAUAAUAAUAAUAAUAAUGAUAAUAUGGAGAAUUUUUAGAGUUUACUUACUGUAAAUGUUGACACCUUUAUCUUUAUACACCCCAAACAUGUCUGUUACACAGCACCAGUCUGAUCCCUGGAGUGGUGAAGCUGCCUCUGCAGAACACAAAAGGAUAUAAUGUCAGUUUUAGUUCAGGUAACAUAAACUGUAGACGACCCACACACUUCUGUCAGGAUACAUUCAGGUAUCAGGGGUUAUUUAAACACAUCUGCUACUUUUAUAUUUGGAACCUAGAUGUCUAUUUUAGUUUAGCACUGAACCUCCCUAAAGCGUCACGAGUGUUUCUGUGAAUAGAGACCUACAGUAGAAAACGGAGGAAAGCUGCUUCUAACCACGUUUACCGCCACAGUGAACAGCCGUUGUUGUACAUUAUAUCGUCGUCCGCUGUAACAUAGAUGAAGUGUAUGAUUACUGGUGCAUGCAUGGUCACAAGUUAAAGCCAUAAAAGCAUUUUCUGCACUGAAUAUGAUUCAUUAAAACUCUAAAGUAAAGGGAUGCAGAGAGUCUGUGGCUGCCUCCUCAGCCCCUACACCCACUACGCACUGUGAAACCGCCGUUAAGGCGCUUAUUAUCCGUACGUAACGGAUAAGAAUGAUGAUUAGGAGAUGGACAUAAAAGGAAACGUUUAUGAUAAUCAACCUCAGAUUAUCUCGUCUUUCUCCUGUGAACGACUUUCUGGGCCUCUAAACUGGAAGUAUGACGUUGUGGCUUUAAGCUGCAACAAUUUUUUUUUUUUAAAACUUUAGUGGCACCAUUACACAUUUGCUGAAUUCACAAUUAGCAUUUUUUAUUGCAGUGUAGCUGUGGAUGUACAUACCGCUAUCGUUAGAGUAAUUAAAUACAGAGAAACAGUAAAAUAAAAUGUGCUUAUUUCUGUGGAGUUCAGUGGGUUUAGAGAGCAUCUAGGUUCAUUUCUAGUGGAUUCUCAGAUGUUUAAGUGCAGCAUCUGAGAUAAACUGCACAAAUACUGUGUCUCCCUGGGGAGGUCUGCCCACGCAGUUAGAAAACCUGAGGAGAAAGCGGUGUCAUGCUGACCCCUGGUAGCCUUUCGUGUACACACAUGCACACUAGUGAAGAGCCACUAUUCCAUCAAUCUGAGCUGUGAUUUCAUGCACAAUGAAUAAGACAGGCCGCUGUAGGCUUCAUUGACCUAUGCAAAUUGAUCCUCACACUCUGCCCUCCUGAAAUGUGACAAAUAAAACACUAGACUCCUCUGCAGCUAGUAGCCAGUGCGUGCUUCGGACACCACAGAGGCAGCAGCCAAUGAAUGUCUUUUGUGCUGACAGUGUAACACUUUUUUUUUUUUUCCAAGCACUAACGUUGCAUAAAACUGCACAUUUGAAACGCCUCAGUCCUAUGCACAUAAAUGUACGGUGAAAUGUUCAUCAUGUCUUCCCCCAGCUCUUAUCCUCACUCCCAAUUCAAAGCACUUUGUGACGCUUGCAGCCGCUCAGAGCUGCAGGUGCAACCUCAUAGAUCUGUUUAUCCUCCUCUCCGUUUGUUGAGCCUCCAUUUGAAAAUGUUUACAUUGUAUGUUUGUUGAUCUCCUGUUCCCCCUCUUCAUCCUGUCAAACACACACACACAAACAUAUGCAUACAAAGCAUAUUUAAGAAAUAAAUUAUGGACUACAAAAUUGUCA